GCCUGCAUUUGGUCUUGUCCGAACUAAACCUACCACUAAUUUCAGCGAACCCCGUGACGAAGGAACAUCGGGUUCAACGAAGCGCGUUAAGCGGCACGUACACGACGACACUUCUACAACGCGAACUGUCACAGAAUAUCAGAACCCUGAGAGGACCCUGCCGACCACUCCUCGAGGACCAUCUUAUUAUGCUCCAGCCUCUGCAGCUCCUCGCUUUACUUCCAGGCUCCUCACCCCUACCAAAGCUUCCCUUGCCCGGACACAGAGUGCGCAGGCGACGAAAAUUUCCAGGAUGCCUUCCAUGCUGCGCACACCAGCAAUGAGACCACCAAAGACAGCGAAAUCUUUUGAGGACUCACUCAAGGAAGGAUUUCGCAAGACAAGCCACUCGUUACUCAGUAUGCCGGGUGUCAGAUCAAUUCUUCGUACGCCGAGUCGCAAGUUCUCCAAUGACCCGACGAAAAUUGCGGCAGGCACCCAUAUGUCCCCGCCUCCUGGACUAAACCUCGACGUAGAGCUCCCAAGAGUCCCCGUCACGGCACCUACUCGAAAGCAUGUCAAUUUUACAGCGAGCGCAGUUGCCAAAGACGAACAGCCGGCUACCCCUUCGCGGGAAGCCCCAGACCGAGCAGCAUCCGAGGUUCCACUACCAUCAACUGUUGCGUAUCCAACACUUCCCAAUGGGAACGGCUUCAACCUUCCUGACACAACUUCGGCGCGUAGGCUGACCGUGGGAGAUCAGCCGGGCAGUGGGCCUGGAAGCUUUACUUUUCGCUCUGAAAAGGCGGUGAACUUCGGCCCUGCUACCAACGGCCUGCAACGUUCGGGGGACCUGCCGAAGAUAGGCACCAUCAGACAUGUUAGAAGCAGCGAUGCGCACGAUAUGAAUGCGGAGACUGAAGGCGGAGGCAAGAAGCGCAAGUUGGAGGUGGUUGGUGAAGACUUUGACAAGGAGAACGAUCGUCAAGAGGAGGUCUCUCGGGCUAGCAAGAAAUUGAAGAGCAACUUGCACGCCGGUCCGAGGACUCCUGCCAGCAAACUUCCCCGGCGCCUCGACAAACGCGCGGGAUCACUCACGCCUGCUAGGCUGAACCUGCUGGCCACGCCUAAGAGGAGGUGUGGCUGAGGCGACUAGGACCGUAUUCAUCCACUCGAACUUCUCCUGCACUAUUUGGACGACCUACAACACCUCUAGUCGUGCAGAUCUCCGGCAUCGACCGCGACGUGCGAAACUCACCGCUAAAGUUAUCCAUGCGCAGCGACGGCGAACGGGAGUUCCUUGUGGGAAAUGUUUCUUUGCUUUGGCGUUUGGCUUACUAUAGGGUGGAAUAGUCUUGGGCAUUAGCGAAUGAUGGCGGACUCAUAAUGAAAAGCGACCAUAGUGUAUUGAAAGUUGGAAAUGGUGUAAACCGAGAAGAAAUUCACACAAGCUAGAAAUUCCUGUCGCAAUGCAAUGCCACGUCGUGUAACUGACUCCAUCUUCCCUGACCUUUCACAGUUUAUAAUGCGGCAAAUAUCACUGGGUUGUACGGUGGAACGGCUCUAUUUUUAGUAAAAGUAC